AUGUCCGACGAAGACCUGCUGUACGUGCUCAGUCUGUUCGCGGUCGAGCCGACGCGCUGGGUUGAGCGCUUCGAGUGGCGCGCGAUGGAUGCGCGGGAACGGGGCGCGCUUGCGGUGCUUUGGAGGUCCGCGCGGCUAGGCGAUGAAGAGCGUUUAGCCCCCGCAUACUAUAAAGAGCCCCAGUCCGAGGCCGUACCAGUACGGCGCCUGCAGCUGUACUGGUUCGAAUGUUGUACUGGUCCGUGGUCUCAACCUAUGCUGGUACGCAUAUCGUACCAGUCCGUCGACUGA